AUGGCAGCCACCAGCGACGCAAAGCCCGGGGCGGCGAGCAGCCUGCGCGACACGAUCGCUGCCGCGCUCUCGGCCCUGCCCAACCCCCACCAGCUGGGCCUGACGGUCGUCUCGUCGAGCCCGAAGCGCACGACCGCGCUCUUCCCGCACUCGCCGUCCGCGGGCGUGCGCUGCACCGAGGUCGAGCACCUCGUCGUCGUGCACUCCGAGCUACCGGCCGAGUUCACCUCGGAGCCGUCCAACGUCCUCGCCGCCGCCAUCUCGGCACACGUCUUCACGCUGCCCACGGCCCCGAGCACGCCGGCCACCUCGCUCCUCUACAUCUCCAAGGUCGACUCGUCGGGAUACGCGCUACCCGGUGCCCCGCUCACGCGCGAGCUCGCCGUCGGUGUGCUCCGCCACUUCCUCGCCCCCGCCACCCGGCCCACGCCACGCGUCGCCGCGACGCUCUUCGCCCGCAGCCAGGGCCAGUACCUCUUCCCCAACUCGGUCGAGGGCGGCGGCAAGCGCGUACUCGGCGGCCUCGGACUCUGCGGCUGGUGGAAGGGCGUGUAUGAGGAGGCUGCGCGCCGGCUCGUCGCCGACGGCGUGAGCCCAGGCGACUUGGACCUGCGAUACCUCCUCCCGUCGUACUCUGCCCCCGAGGCCGCCGGCAUGCUCGGCGCCCCGCGGCGGCCCCUCCCCGUCGGCGUAUCAUGGCGAUACGCGCCGCCAUUCGUGUCCCAGCUCCUCCCAGAGGCAGGCGUGCCCUCGCUCGCGACGCUGGUCCCUUCCCUCCCCGACGAUCCCAAGACGCGCUUCCUUGACGAGCUCGUCGGCGAGGCGGUCGACGCCGUGCCGAUCGCCCUCACAAAGACCGGCAAGGACAAGGAGCCGUCGGAGCCCCGCAAGCGCAGCCGCAAGGAGAAGGACGCUGCCGAGGAGGAGGAAGACCGCGCAAGGGCGCACGCGGCGCUCGCCAAGAUCCCGCCUGCCGAGUUCUGGGAGCGCCUCGGCUUCAGGCAGGAGUGCGUGAGCGGUGACGUGACGGGCUUCUUUAGCGCCACGCUCUCGCCCAGCGAGGCGGCCCAGGUGGAGGAGAAGGACGUCAAGGAGGCAAAGGACGAGGAGAAGGACGCCGCCAGCACCAAGCGGACGCUGUCGCAGGCCCUGGUUGAGCGCCUCCUCAAGUCAAUGCUCAACACCGACUUUGCGACACGCGCCCUCGCGGCGGAGGGCACAGCCAACUGGCUCGCGUCGGCGCGCAGCAUCGUCACUGACGAGCUCGGUGAGGAGGGCUGGGCCGCGUCGACUGCUACCAUUGCCGCCAAGGCUGGCGUCGAAGCCGCUGCCGCGCCACCAAAACGCAAAGAGGAGACUGUCACCAUGCUCCAGCCGCGCAAGAAGAAGAAGUAG